AUGGCUUCAGCGCGCACGCAUCCAUCCUCAAAUGCGACUCCACGCAAUCAGUUGUGUGCGUGCCAUGCACAUGAGUGUGUCUGGGGUGCGUUCAACGUGACGGAUGCGGGGAGCGGCAAGGAGCACACAGCAGGGCAGCGGAAGCAAGUGAGGCAAAACACAAUCAUUAUUUUAUCCUGUUUAGCACAUCGGACCACAGUAGACGCACACAAGUCCCCGCGGUUGAGUGCUGGCACGCACGGCCCGCACACAAUUCCUCAGCCCAGAGUGGUGUACGCCAGCGCAGCCAGAAAGAGCAGCAGCGGGGCAUGCAGACGGGUGCCAUGGAAGCAGGCGUCACUUCCCACACUGCUCUCCAGAGCUUUCGUUGGGGGCGCGGAGGAAAGAGGAGCUGGCAUGCCUGCCGCCGUAGAAUUUCCCUCGCUGGUGGCCGUGUCGGUUGUGGUGGUAUUGUCGUCGUGCGUCACCGCGGCAGCAGGCGGCAGGGUGCCGUUGGGAGUCCCCUCCGCUGCGGAGUUUUCACCCGGACCGCUGGCAGCAGCCUGGCCGCCUGGGGAUGGGGAUGUUGGCUCAGCGUCACCCCCUGCUGGUAUGCUCCGCGUGGCAUCUGAUGCGGCUGCCGUUCCUGGCCCUGGCGAACCGUUGCCUGUCGCUGUUGGUUUUUCACCCGCCGGCGAUUGUGACUGCUGCGCUGAUUGUAGUCCUGUCGUCGUACCGAGGGUUGCUGAUACAUCGGGAUUCGUUGAAGUUGCCAAAUUAUUCGUUUCUCUUGGUGGAGUUGCUGGUCCUGGUCCUGCUGGAGGAGGAGUUGCUCCUGUUCCUUUCUCUGCCGGCGAAUUUACAUUUUCUGUAUUUUCGACUUCUCCCGGUUUCCCAACACUUCCCUUCGGCUCUUGGCCCUCACUUCCAGGAGUAUGA